CAUUCACGUGAUCCUGAUUCAUGUGAAUCUCUUAAAUUAAAUUCUGAACAAAAUCUAUAAUGAUGAAAAAUGUUUUAUAUCAAACAGAAUCUUUAAUUUCAAAGAUUUCGUUAUUGAAUCACAAUGGAAAAUCAUGUAAAAACAUUUAUUCUUUUAAUAAUCAUAGUUUUUUUACUAAUUCAACAAAUCAACGUUUAAGUCCAACUGAAGUUCAUUGUAUAAAUGUGGUAAAAAAAUUUGAUUAUGAAAAUUUCGUGGCAACUUUGUUCAUUUCUGAUGAAGAAAUUCGUCGUACAGCAUUCGCCCUUCGUGCUUUCAAUGUCGAAUUGGCGCAAAUUCGUGAUAUCACCCGGACAAAUGAAUUAGCUCAAAUUCGGUUUCAGUUUUGGCAAGAUGUUAUCGAUGAAAUUUAUUCAAUUUCCUCUACUAGUCAAGUUACGGAUAAUGAAACGCUGAUGAAAUAUAGAAAUUUUCCUCUUGCAUUUGAACUAUUCAAGGUACUUUCCGGAAGUGAAAAAUUAUCUAAACAUUGGAUUUCAAAACUAAUUCAAAUUCGACGAGAUCCAAAAUACUUGGGAGAAUAUCCAUUUCAAACAUUAAAUGAAUUGGAAAAAUAUUGUGAAGCAUCGACUGUAUCACUGUAUUAUUUUUUGAAUGAAAAAUCUAUUCAAUUAUCAAAUGAAGGGCAAAAGAAUGCAGGGUAUCGUAUCGCUUUGGAUCAUGUAGCCAAUCACUUAGGAAAAGCACAAGGAUUGACCAAUAUUCUUCGAGGCAUUGUACAUAAUGCAAAAAAUAGACGAUGUUAUAUACCGAAUGAUAUAUUGAUGAAAAGUAAAUGUUCACAUGAAGCAUUUCUUCAAUGUCAACAGGAUAAUGAUUCUCUUCGAGAAGCCAUAUACUUAAUUGCAUCAAAUGCUAAAGGUCAUUUAGAACAUGGUCAAAAAUUACUCGUUUCAAAUGGAAAUGAAACACCGAAAAUACAAAAAUCCGAUCGACUAAUUUUUCUACCAAUGAUGGCCAUACAGGCAUAUCUUCAUGAUCUUCAACGCGUACAAUUCAAUGUAUUCGAUUCAUGGCUUUAUCGUCGUCGAGGUUCAUUGCCAUUGAAAAUGUGGUGGAAAUGUAAAAUUUUUUAAUUUUAGGAAUUAAAAAUAAAAAUAAAUAAAUUUUACAAAAAAUAAUGUGUUAUGCAAUAUAUUUUGUAUACAUU